CCGGUCGACACUUAUGAAACAUAUUAGUAUUACACAAACAUCCUGCUCGUACAAUCACCGAACUGAGACAAAAGCUUCAAGAAAUAUGAGAUUGUUUUACACCAAAUAUUUGCCAAAACUUGGUAAGCCGUAAUAAAAAAUAAAGGUCUAAGUGAUUUCAAAUAUGUAUUUUUUAC